UCUUUGUCAUCUUCAUCAAACGCUCCGAUAAACACCACCAGGCACCCGCUCAGCCUCUUCUCAAUUCCACCCCACCACAUCACCCUAACUUGUGACGCCAUGGCCGUGCCCAAUUCCUGGGUCGCCGGUCAGGUGGCCGCAAUCCCAGUCCCCCAAUUCUGCUGCUCCUCCGGUUUCCUCUCCAAUACCAACAACAACAACAACAACAAGUCCGUUAAAUUCAACCCCGGCUGCCUUGUCACUAGUCUCUCUCUUCAAUCCAAGGCUUCGACCAGGAAUAGAAGACUGUGCUGCAGUUGCGGCGAGAAUAACAGCACUACUAGUGUCGACUCUUCUUCUUCUUCUUCUUUAUCUUCCUUGGAAUGGGAUUGGAGUCAGUGGAGCCGCCAUUUCUCCGAGAUUGAACAAGCCGAGACAUUCUCCUCUGUCCUCAAGUUUCAAUUAGAGGAUGCAAUUGAGAAGGAAGACUUUCAAGAAGCCGUGAAGCUGAAAAUGGCGAUUGCCGAAGCUACGUCAAAGGACACGGUUGGUGAGAUCAUGGCUCAGUUGAAGGUUGCAAUCGAGGAGGAGCGUUACCAUGAUGCUUCGAAAUUGUGUAAACACACCGGAAGCGGGCUGGUAGGUUGGUGGGUGGGUUACCCGAAAGAUUCGGAUGAUCCCUUUGGAACAAUCGUACGGAUAACUCCUAGUGUUGGCAGAUUCGUUGGCAGGACAUACAGUCCAAGGGAGUUGGUUGCAGCAUCUCCGGGAAGACCCCUAUUUGAAAUUUUUGUCGUUAGAGAUGCAGAUGGGGCAUAUGUUAUGCAGGUAGUGUACAUGCAACAAGCCAAAGCCAACUCCACUGUUGUACCAUCCAAACCUGAGAAAGGCUCAUCUACUCCUGAAGUUGAUAAAACAACCGUAGUAGAUGUUCAGAAAAAUGAUGAUAAGGUAGAGAGCAGUGAAGAGAAAGGACUUAAUAUCGAGGGAGCAACUGAGGAGGGUAUAAAGAGUGUGAUAAAUUUUCUAAAGAAAAAACUUCCAGGACUCAAAGUUAAAGUUAUGAAUGUUGAUGUUGCUAAGAAAGCAAUGGAGGAUGACAUUUCAGUAAACCGGCUGAUGCAAGAAAAUAGUGAAAACUCUGAAUCUGAUGAAAAUUCUGAAGAUGAAGUUGAUAGUUCGGACGAAAUUCAACCUGAUGAGGUCACUCUAGUAGAGAGUAGUGAUACCACUGAUGAUGAAAAAGAUUUGGACAUGAAACUUUUUAUUGGCGAAAUUGUACAUAAUGAGGAUACUACCACCAAGGAUGAGUAUGUUCGUUGUCCUGCUGAAAUCAAAGAUAUGGAGAGAGAAUCUUUUCUGCUGCAUAUUCCGGGGGGAAGCCUAGAUCAUGAUACUAGGCAAAGUAAAUCAUCCAAGAUCAAAGUGGCAGCUCAAGCAGCUAAAACUGUCUCUGAGCUUAUGCCAUCUGAUGUUGCCAAGGCAUUUUGGAACUCUGACAAGCUUUCUCCAAAGGUUACCAAAAAUAUGCGUGAUAUAGUCAAACUUGCUGUUAGUCAAGCCAAUAAGCGGAAAACAGUAUCUCAAUAUACAACAUUUAAUCGGAUUAGCACCUCACGUGGGGAUCUUGAUCCCUUUGAAGGUCUGUAUGUUGGUUCAUUUGGUCCUUAUGGCCCUGAGGUUGUGCAACUCAGGCGUAGGUAUGGGCACUGGAAUGGUUCAGAUGACAGAGACGAUUCUGGCAAUGUGGAGUUCUUUGAAUAUGUUGAGGCGGUUAAGUUAACUGGGGAUUUAAAUGUUCCUGCUGGCCAGGUGACAUUUCGUGCUAAAAUUGGGAGAGGAAAACGCCUGUCCAAUCGUGGAAUGUAUCCAGAUGAAUUAGGAGUGGUUGCAAGUUACAAGGGUCAAGGACGGAUAGCAGAAUUGGGCUUCCGAAAUCCAAAAUGGGUUGAAGGAGAACUACUCCAACUCAAUGCCAAGGGUAUUGGACCUUAUGCCAGAGGUGCAGAUCUUGGUUUUCUUUACAUUGUCCCAGAGCAAAGUUUCCUAGUAUUGUUCAAUCGCCUGAAAUUGCCAGAAUGAGCCAUUGUACCAUCACUGGCUUGAUUCUUACACUUCGAUAUGGCAUGACAUCCACAUACUCUGAUGUGAGAGAUGGGUACUUUAAUUGUACCAUAUCCAAGUGAAGAAGGCUGGUUUACUCUGUAAAGUAAUACAUAUGAUGUAUUAUUUUCUGGCAUUUUGUUUCCACCGAAAUUCGACCUUUACUCCCCCUGUAACUUAUAGAGCUGUAUAUCAUUUUUGCUAAUUGACCAGAUAUAAUGUGACAAGUACUGUAACUAAUAUGAGAGUACCAAGUUGUGAACCGUUCCUAGAUA